AUGACUACCGAACUCAACGAAUGCAGCAUCAAGGUGCUCUGUAGGUUCCGGCCCUUGAAUCAGUCGGAGAUCAUACGGGGAGAUAAAUUCAUCCCGGUUUUCCAGGGCGAUGACACCGUCAUCAUUGGGGGCAAGCCUUAUGUCUUUGACCGGGUCUUCCCACCCAACACUACACAGGAACAAGUGUAUCAUGCCUGUGCCAUGCAGAUUGUCAAAGAUGUGCUGGCUGGAUACAAUGGAACCAUCUUUGCCUAUGGGCAGACGUCUUCUGGAAAGACUCACACCAUGGAGGGCAAGCUGCAUGAUCCCCAGCUCAUGGGCAUCAUCCCACGCAUUGCCCAGGACAUCUUCAACCAUAUCUAUUCCAUGGAUGAGAACCUGGAGUUCCACAUUAAGGUUUCUUACUUCGAAAUCUACCUGGACAAAAUCCGCGAUCUGCUAGAUGUGACGAAGACCAAUCUCUCUGUUCAUGAGGAUAAGAACCGUGUGCCCUUUGUGAAGGGUUGCACUGAACGGUUUGUCUCCAGCCCUGAAGAAAUCCUGGAUGUGAUUGAUGAAGGAAAAUCCAACCGCCAUGUGGCUGUCACCAACAUGAAUGAGCACAGUUCUCGGAGUCACAGCAUCUUCCUUAUCAACAUUAAACAGGAGAACAUGGAGACUGAACAAAAACUGAGUGGGAAGCUUUACCUGGUGGAUUUGGCUGGCAGCGAAAAGGUCAGCAAGACUGGAGCUGAGGGAGCUGUGUUGGAUGAGGCCAAGAAUAUCAAUAAAUCUCUGUCGGCACUUGGGAAUGUUAUCUCAGCUCUGGCUGAGGGCACAAAAAGCUAUGUGCCCUACCGAGAUAGCAAGAUGACCCGCAUCCUACAAGACUCCCUUGGUGGGAACUGCCGCACCACAAUGUUUAUCUGCUGCUCUCCUUCCAGCUAUAAUGAUGCUGAGACCAAAUCUACUCUCAUGUUUGGACAGCGAGCCAAGACAAUCAAGAAUACAGCAUCGGUGAAUCUGGAAUUGACAGCAGAACAAUGGAAGAAGAAAUUUGAGAAGGAGAAGGAGAAGAACAAGACCCUCAAGGAGACAAUUGUCAAGUUGGAGGCUGAGCUAGGACGUUGGCGCAAUGGUGAGAAUGUCCCAGAAACAGAGCAGUUGAGUGAUGAGGAAAAAGUGGAACCUGACACUUGUGAUGAGACACCCAUUAAUGAUAACAACUCCUCCAUUGUCAUCAGGAUCUCAGAUGAAGAGCGGCAUAAGUAUGAGGAGGAGAUCCGCAAACUCUACAAGCAGCUUGAUGACAAGGAUGAUGAAAUUAAUCAGCAGAGCCAACUGAUGGAGAAACUAAAAGAGCAGAUGCUGGACCAGGAGGAGCUUCUAAUGUCCACUCGUGGGGACAAUGAAAAAGUGCAGCAGGAACUAAGCCACCUGCAGUCUGAGAAUGAUUCUGCUAAGGAAGAGGUAAAGGAAGUACUGCAAGCUCUGGAGGAACUGGCUGUCAACUAUGAUCAGAAAUCCCAGGAGGUAGAAGAGAAGAGUCAGCAGAAUCAGCUAUUGGUGGAUGAGUUGUCUCAGAAAGUGGCCACCAUGCUGUCUUUGGAAUCAGAGUUGCAACGCCUACAGGAAUUCAGUGGGCACCAGCGCAAACGUAUUGCUGAGGUCCUCAACGGACUUAUGAAGGAUCUGAGUGAAUUCAGUGUCAUUGUGGGCAACGGUGAGAUCAAACUGCCAAUAGAGAUUAGUGGUGCCAUUGAGGAAGAAUUUACUGUUGCCCGGCUCUACAUCAGCAAGAUCAAAUCAGAAGUGAAGUCCGUUGUGAAGCGUUGCCGUCAGCUGGAAGGUCUUCAAGUUGAGUGCCACCGCAAGAUGGAGGUGACAGGACGGGAAUUGUCUUCCUGCCAGCUUCUCAUUUCUCAGCAUGAAGCCAAGAUCCGUUCACUUACUGAGUACAUGCAGAGUGUGGAGCUGAAGAAACGGAACUUGGAAGAAUCCUAUGAUGCUUUGAGUGAAGAGUUGACUAAACUGCAGUCCCAAGGUAAUGUAUUUCUCUACGAGCGCCACGAGCAGUCCAAGCAAGACCUCAAGGGGCUGGAGGAAACCGUUGCCCGUGAACUCCAGACCCUCCACAACCUUCGCAAGCUGUUCGUUCAAGACGUCACGACUCGAGUUAAGAAAAGUGCGGAGUUGGAACCCGAGGACAGUGGGGGGGCUCAUUCCCAGAAACAGAAGAUUUCCUUUCUUGAGAACAACCUGGAACAGCUUACAAAAGUUCACAAACAGCUGGAUCGCUGGGUCUCCAAGCUGGUUCGUGACAAUGCAGAUCUGCGUUGUGAGCUUCCUAAACUGGAGAAACGUCUUCGGGCUACGGCUGAGAGAGUUAAGGCCCUGGAGGGUGCACUGAAGGAAGCCAAGGAAGGGGCAAUGAAAGACAAGCGCCGCUACCAACAGGAGGUAGACCGCAUCAAGGAAGCAGUGCGCUUCAAAAACAGCAUUAAGCGCAACCACUCUGCACAGAUUGCAAAACCAGUGCGACCAGGGCACUAUCCAGCUUCAUCCCCAACCAAUCCUUACGGUGUUCGCAGUUCUGAUUGCAUCAGCUACACCAAUAGCCUCUUCCAGAAUUAUCAAAAUGCUUACCUAAAUUCUGGCGGCACUGUGCCUGACAGCUACUUUACAAAUGCACCUUCCAGUAGUGGAAGCAGCUCCUCUACUGCCCCUCUGACGUCCUAUCAGAAGCUCAAUAUGGAUAAUGGAAAUGCCACAGACAUCAAUGAUAACAGAAGUGACCUGCCUUGUGGUGUUGCAGCUGAUGAGCAAGCCAAGCUCUUUCCCUUUCAUCAGGAGACUGCAGCCAGCUAA